CAAAUCUUUGAAAUUGUUGCAUGUUGCAUUUUUAUAUUUUUGUGUGUGUGUGUGUAGCACAACUUUCGAUUUCAUCCAGUCUCAAAAUCAAAUGGUUUAGACCAUGUGUCAAACUCGUUCCACGGAGGGCCGAGUGCCUGCGGGUUUUCACUCGCUUGUACUUGAUUGAUUUAUUUAGGAACUCAGUCGGAGUCUUAACUUACGAGUUAGAAAAGUAAAAUACGCAAAUUUGAAAUUGGGUUGUGCAUUAGCAGUUUCUCUCAUGUCAUUCACUGACAGUCAGUCAAUUAGCCCAUGUCAGCAACAAUUUAUUUAUUGCUAAGUUUGUUUAGUUGCCAGCUAUAUAAGCUUGUUAUCAUGGCCAAAUACUGGGGCCCCCAUUUUUAUUUUUUUAAACAUUUUGUUAGUCGGUCUCACUCAUAUAUCAGACUUGUGAGCAACUGCAGCCGCUCAUAUUGAGUUCAGGGGACGCACGGCCUACCUCUUGUUGGUCAGCGGAGCGUACAGUGCACAGUUUGACUAGGCUACUGAUAUUGCCUGGGAUUGUUUGCAAUGCAAAAUGACUUAUUGAUCAAUGACUGUCAGCACAGUUACAUGCUCAGUUCGACGCUGAAGGAGAGAAUGCAUCAGAUGGCACAAAAGAUUAGGUAUUUUUGGAUGGUUAAAAGUAUGCCUAAUAUGAUCAUUAUUUUGUGAACUGGUGAUUUUUCUGACUGACGCAUGCUACAUUUUAGAUCUGUUCGGAGACUGCAGACAGAUGCACUCAUAUCUUAAAACAUUUGAACCAGGGACCGAUGCGUAUUGGUGAAUCGUUACGUCCCUACUAACUAGCGUACAUUGCCAAAUGGCGGCCCAAUCAAAAGUCUGAUCAAUCACCCCUGAAAGGCCAGUUGGUGGGAACCAUAGUGAAGAGACCCAGUACACUUCUGUCAAUUACCAAUAAUAGCCCACCCCAUAUAUCAUGCAAGCUAAACCAGCCUAAAAGACAUUGAAGGGAGAUGUGCUUUGGAAUGUCAAAUUUCAUCAUUGGCACAGAACUGUGUCUGUAUCACUCAGUGAGACCCCCCCCCCCCCCCCCCCCCCCCCCCAUGGCAUCAUCUGAGGUCAAUGUUAAUGUGGAGGAGGUGGUAGUCGUGACCACGCCGGAUGGAGCAGGGGAGGGCUCGGCUGCAGAGGUGGUGAAGACUGUGCUGGUGGCUACAGAGCUGACCCAGGCAGGGGAGGAACUUCCAGAUGGAAGCGUGGAGUCAGAAACCGACGCCACCAUCACUGUGACAAAGGAGGCAGUCCUAGUGAAGCUGUCAGAGGAGAUGGAUGUGGAAGCUGAUUUGGUGUACCCAAUCACUUGUGGGGACGUGAAGGGCACCCUGGUCUGGAAGAAGUUUGUUUGCCCUGGCAUCAACGUCAAAUGUGUCCAAUUCAAUGAGCAUCUCAUCAGUCCCAAGGAAUUUGUCUAUCUGGCUGGGAAAUCUACAUUGAAGGACUGGAAGAGAGCCAUUCGUGUGAACGGCACUAUGAUCAGGAAAAUCAUGGACUCAGGCGAGUUGGAUUUCUACCAGCACUCCAAGGUGUGCUCCAACACCUGCCGCAGUACUAAGAUUGACCUGGUGGGGACCAGAGUGUCACUCAGCAGCCAGCAGUCCACCGAAUAUGUUCCUGUCACUCCUUCCUUAUCUGACGUGAACGGAUCACCGGCCACGUUUCCAACAGAGGUAUCAUCAGACGACACCACGGAAUGGGUCACGGCCAUAGGAGAGGAUUCUGUGACCUUCUGGAGGGGUCUGAAGGAGGCUGGGUUGCUGGAGGAAGUGGUGGAGGACUUCCAGAAGGAGAUUCAAAAGGUGCUAAAGGGAAUGCAGGAGCGCAUCACCGAGCCUCCCCUGCAGGUCAACGAUGCUGUGCUGCUGAACAAUAUAGUGCAGAACUUCGGCAUGCUCGACUUGGUUAAGAAGGUGCUAGCCAGUCACAAGAGCCAGAUGGACCGACAUAGGGAGCAGUAUUCACGCAGUCUUGUCGCUCUGGAGCAGCAGUGUGACGAGCACAGGAAACGUGCCAAGGAGUUAAAGAGCAAAUCCCAACACCUCAACAACGUCCUCAUGACCCUAACUCCCGUGGCCGUGCCGUCCACGCCCAAACGCCCACGCCUCACCCGCGCUGUCUCGGGCCCUGCCGUUAUGUCCAGUGCCCCCACCCAGAUCACCCUGCCCCUCACCCAGCUGGCAGGCCUGCCUGCUGGGUGCAAAGUGCUCUCGGUGGGGGGAGCCGGUGCCAGCCAGCAGACCUACACGGUGCUGACCUCCCCCACGGGCGAGCUGGGGCCAGAUGCCUCCAAUUUGACGGUACUCUCCACGGCCGCCGCCGUUCAGGAGGGCGCACCCGCCACCUCAGCCUUCGUCAAGAUGGUCAGCCCAGGCUACCAGCUGAUCACGCUGCCUGCCGCGUUGAGCACCCAGCUACAGAGCCUGGCUGGGGGCACGGCCCAGGGCACCACUACCAUGGUGGCAGUGCCUAUGGGUAACAACGCACUGCAGAGUACGGCGGCAGUGGUCACAGAGUUGGGGAGACGGGUGGAAGUUCAUGUGCAGGAGGGUGUGGCACCAGAGACUGAGGAGCAGGAGGCGAAGGAGACGGUGGAGAGUUAGAGAGAUGUACUCCUAUAGUGUUAAAAACUCGUCAGGGACUUGAGGCCCUGUUUGUCCUCACUGGUUUGGAGGGCAAGUACUGGAACCAGUGCCUAGGUCUAGUGGUGUUGAACUAUGAAGGACCCAUAUCAGUAAAGAUUACUUCAAAUGUAUAACUACAUGCACUGCUCAUUUUACUCAAAGCACCUGUGUGUGUGUGUGUGUGUGUGUGUGUGUGUGUGUGUGUGUGUGUGUGUGUGUGUGUGUGUGUGUGUGUGUGUGUGUGUGUGUGUGUGUGUGUGUGUGUGUGUGUGUGUGUGUGUGUGUGUGUGUGUGUGUGUAGAGGUGAAAAUGUCUGAGCAGAAUUGAGUUUGGAAUUCAAAACAGUGUAUAUUUUUAUAACCAUGCAAGUAGAUGCCGACUCUGCUCAAAAGCCAUUUUCUUAGUUCUUCUCAGGUGUCCAUUUUCACUGGGGUGUGGGUGCCAUGUUCACAUUAUCUCUUUACAUUGUGCUAAAAAUGUAAAUUCUACAGUGCUCAUCUUUCAACAUCAGAAUGGUUUUCCAUUUCAACAUUUAAUAACUGUAUAACUUUUUGUUGAAUAUUACAAUGCAUUUUAUUAUAUAGUUCAUAUUUUUGAACAAAUGAGAAGUGAACAAACUGGUGGUUUUGUUGAACUUGUCAGUGUACUCUGUAAAUUAAUUGUAUAAAUUCUUUAAUCUAGCCAUUACUGGAAAACUUUAAGUAUUUGGCAUUUCUUUUUAUUUCUAAACCAGUUGUUCAAUUCAUCAUGAAAUCAAUACUUUUAAUAGCUUUGUGUAACAUUUCUUCUGACCAGAGAAGGCGUUGAGUUCUGAAUUUCACCAGUCUUCUCAUUAACUUCAAUGACAUGGAUCAUGAAAGGGCAAAUCAAACGCAUACUAUAUACAUUUUACGGACGCAGUAUAUUUAAGCAAUAAGGCCCGAGGAGGAGUGGUAUAUGGCCAAUAUACCACAUCUAAGGGCUGUUCUUAAGCACAACAAAACGCGGAGUGCCUGGACACAGUCCUUAGCCGUAUAUUGGCCAUAUAUCACAAACCCUCGAGGUACCUUAUUGUAAUUUGAGCUGUAAAAAUAAAUGUUUUGUCAUACCCGUGGUAUACGGUUUGAUAUACCACGGCUGUCAACGAAUCAGCAUUCAGUGCUCGAACCACCCAGUUUAG